CAAUUGAAUAUGCUGGUUCACACAUUCACCCCUUUGAGCCGUGACUCUGUCUCGCCACCAUUGCUGGUCAAGUUAUGCAUUGAUCGACGUUGUGACAGGAACAUGAGCAGCACUCCUUGCAGUCACUAGAAGAUAUGCUUCCAUGUCCAUCCUUCGCACUCUUCUACAUGUCUCCGAAGGCUCAUAGUCAGCGCGAGCCCCGUACGAUAAGGAAUGUUCAUCCAUCUCUGAAGUCUACCUACCGAGCCCGAACGCUCGGGCCAUUGCUGUCCGCGUGUUGUGUUGGUUGGUCAGCGCCUAUCGCUCUGCGGCCAUGGGACACGGCCGGACUGAGCAACAUAGCCAUGCAAUGCUGUACAUCAGCUUCGAUCAUACCUUCGUGUUCCACGACUGACGGAGACUAAGAGAGUUGAUUGAGAGCUCUGCGUAGCCUUUACAACUGUCUACGGUGCCAAUCAAGUGCCGGAACUGCUUACGCAUCGGACAAUCCCCCGCUUCGGUACUGUCACACGGCGGGUAUUUCACUCAGCGGCAGGCCA